UACAUUCAGGUACGUGUGAGGUAUGCUUCAAAUUUGAAUUUAUGAAAAAGUUGAUAUGAAAUUAUAAACUUUACAAACAAGAAAACAGGCAUGCUCUAUCAGCCAGGGUAAUCAAUCCACUGCUACUGUAGUCUUCCAACUAUGAUUUCACUCUUUCUGCAGAAACCAUAUCACAUGAUGAAGUUUUAAUUUCCAGUAAUCCAGGACAGUGCUAUCAGUUAUAGAAGAAUGCUGGUAGAGAAGCAAUGUCAAGCAACAGGGCUAGUUACCUAACUUUCUGAGUAGCUAAAACAGUACCAUAUGUUUCAUUAGUUCAUGGAUAACAGUGCAAUGGUACCAUUUACUGACUGCUUACAAUGUUUUAGUUUUGGGAAUAGAUUUUGGAUCCAAAAACCAGCUGGGAAAAAGACUGACACAGUUGGGCUAUAUGGUUAUAAUCAGCUACAGCGUCUGUAGAUGAUACAUUUGUCUAGACAAGGUAUGGAUUUUCUGGUUCUUGCAUCCUUGGGAAUAUGGUUGGAACUGUAGUAAGUGUGGAAGUGUGUUCACAUGAUUUCGUUUGUUUUUCUUCAUGCUGUGUUUUUACAGCAUUGAAUGUGUGACUCAUCAAGAAAUACCUGUGUAUCAAGAGAUGGGUUGAUUAGGAAGGAAUGGGAUAUACCUGAAUGUGUAUUUGGGAAGGGGGGGGAUGUUCCUGUAUGAUAUUUUCAUUUUAAGUGAUAUUUUUUGUAAGAAGGUGUACAAGUUCAACCAUAUUUGCAAAAGGCGUAUAUCAAGUGUUGAUAAGGGAAGCGUAUGGAAAGAUAAAUGAGUCUUCUGAUUGAAACAUGGUGUUAUCAAUGCUUUUGCUGAAUAUUUUUCUAAUAGUUCAUUUCUUGAGGCACAUUUUUUAUAAUGGCAUUAAAAUAUGUUGGUUGAUUAAGUUAGCAAAAUAAUAAGCUUCCAUAUUUACUUGAUGACCUCUGUAUAAAAUAUGCUACUGCAGAGAAACCCCCUUCCGAACCCCGCAUAACUAUAGAGUCAAGGAAGUUGUGGGAAGGUUGCAGUUUUCAUCCAUCGGGCAAUAUAACUAGCCUACAGCUACAUAAUUCAGGAAGGACAACCUAGAGACACAUCAGUGGACCAAAGCCCCUUAAAGGCGGUUGCGGCAUGGAUUGACCUGCACUGUGACAGUAAUAACACUGAACUCAGUAUGAGUGCUGAUGCCAGUACAAUGGAUACAGGGACUGGGAGCCCAGGGAGCAGCCACCCAGGAUCCACUACCAGUUCCACACUCCACAGGAGUCCGUCAUUGAAGGAUCCUGCAAAAAUCAAAGAACGAGAAGACAGAGUUAGGCAGAUUAGAGAAAAGCAGACUGAAGAACGACAAAAGAAAAUUGAAGAGUUGAAGAAAGCUCAGAGAGAGGCACAGGAAUUCAGAGAGAAGCAGCAGGAACUGCGACGCAAGAAAAUUGAAGAAAUGAAAAAGAGGGAUGAAGAAAGAAGGCAGGCAGUUGAAGAAAGGAGGAAAAAAGUAUUACUAGAGGAACAGGAAAAAAGAAUGGCACUUUUAAAGAAGAAUGUGGAAAGGGAAGCACGCAUAGACUCUCUGAGAUCUAAAAGUAGACAUGGGAUUUUUGGAUUUGGCAGCGGCACUCCCAGGGAUAUAUGUGAGACUCUAAAUGCCUCAAAGCGUGCUCAAUCUAGCCUUAAUUUAUCUGCUCAUCGCAUGACCCCAUUUGAGUUCUCUGACUCCUCAGAUAGUGAACGUGAGCGCAUGCCCCGCCGAGCUGUGUCUGCAUGGCAUCUUUCACAACCUGCUAGCAAUAGUAGCAAGGCGGUGACAUCAACCUCUGCCUCUGAAAAGCGUGGCUCCAGCCCAGAAUCAACCUCGCCUACGAAAAACAAGCGUUUGGCUGGCUCUACUCACUUAUCUGUCUCCACUUCUGCAUUGUUUCGUAAGAAAAAUGAGCUGUCCUUGGCUUCAUCUGACAGUAGUAGUUCCAGAACCAUGUCACCUGGUCUUAAGGCCAUCUCGGAAAUCCGCCUCAACUCUUUUCUAGCCCCUUAUGUUUCUCAUCAACGUCGUCGCCCUCACAGCACUACGCGCUUAGAGCAAAGAAGUACUGUCGAAUGCAAAUAUCAUGUCCCACAACAUCGGCGGCCGCAUAGCUGCACCCGUCUAGAUCAGUAUGGGCAACCUGAAUGGAUUCCUGUUAUACGCAGGGUGGCUGAGCGUAAGGCACGCCCCCGUAGCUUUGCAGGCACCUCAGCUGGUGUGCCUCCAUCGCCUGUCAGAGUGAGACAGAGCCGUAGUACAGAGAGAAAGGCCAGAGGUGACACUUCUCGCUCCCACCAAGAUUUAAACAAGCCCUUGAAGCCAGAGAUCCAGCGUGCUAUGGAAAGGUUGUCUCAGCCAAGGACUCCCCCUAAGCCAACAGUGGAAGACAAGGGUGAAACAUCAACACCUCCCUCACAUACAAAGACAGAGAUUAAAAAGACUGUAGAGAGACUGGCUCAGCCCAAGACCCCCUCAAAGCCACCUUCAGAAAGUAGUGAUCACAAAGAGGAAGAGAAACAUGCUACCCCUCUUAAGCCAGAGAUUAAACGUAGUAUAGACAGGCUAGCUCAGCCAAAAACUCCGGUGAAGGCAGAAGAUAAAGUAAAUCAUUCUACUCCCCCUCCCAGCAAGAAGACAGCUAGGGACAGGGCCUCCCCUGCUCCAAGGGAAAGAGCAUCACCUGCUCCUGCUAAAGAGGGAGUGUCCCCAGGACCUACUGCAAAGAGAGGUAAAAAAGAUGAAGAAAAUUUAAAGAUGAAAAAGAAGUCCAUAGACAGCAUGGUACCACCAGCAAGGAAAGCUAGCCCUGAAGAAGCAUCCCCUGGUUCAGCAGCCAAAACAGGUUCCCCUGUUCAUGUUAAAAGAGCAAGCAAGGAGAGAACUCCCCAAAAGGGUCCUAUGCGUGCUGUGAAAGUCCACAAAACGCCAGUUUCCAUUCUCAAAAAGUCAAGUGGAGAUUCCCCAAGAGAACCCAAACCAGAAGAGCCUAAAACCAUCAAGUUUGUGGAUUCAGUACAAGGUGGGGCAUCAGAAACUGCACUGUCCCCAGGGGCUGAGAAAGAAACCCAGGAGGAAAAGCCACUUGAAGUUGAAGAAAAGUUAAUAGUGAAAGAAGAGAAGCCUCUGCCCCCACCAGUUCCAGGAGCUGAAGUAGAAAUAACAGUUAGUGCAGCAUCUGAGGAACCUGAAGCACAGGGGAUAGCAGUAGACAAAGGUGCAGCAGAACAACUAGCAGAGCAUUUAGCACAGCAGCUGGAAGAUACCACAGCACCUACACAGCUUGAAGUCACAGAAGAACAAGCUCAUCCAGAGGUUGAAGAACACCCAGUAGUACCAACAAAGAAGUCGGAGCCAGUGCUUCCUAAGCAGCCAGAAGUAGAGGCACCACUGCCAGCAGAGGUGAAAACAAAGACACCACCACAGAAAGAGUCACCACCAUCAACACCAGAGAAGAAAGUGAAGGAGAGUAACAAGCCUGCUCAGUCCCCAGCCCUGCAAGCCAAGGAGAAACCUCUGACAGAGGAAGAGAUUUACAAAGCUAAGCUGGCAGAGAAGAGACGUGAAGCCAGAGAGAAAGCUGAAAGAGAAGCAGAACUAGAGAGACAGAGGCAGGAAGAACUGAGACGCCAAGAGGAAGAAAAGCGCAGACGUGAGGAAGAAGAACAAAAACGUUUUGAGGAGGAAGAACUAAGAAUGGCUGCAGAAGCAAAACGUAUUGAAGAGGAAAGAUUAAGGAAAGCUAUUGAAGAGGCUGACAGAAGGAGGAAAGAAGAAGAAGAGAGGAUAGAAAGAGAGCAGAAAGAGAAAGAAGAGGCAGAAGCCAGAGCCCGUGAAGAAGCAGAGCGCCUGGAAAAAGAACGUCUGGAGAGAAUCAAGCGUGAGGAGGCGGAGAGACUGGAGAGAAAGAAGCGCUUAGAAAUGAUUAUGAGAAGGGUGAAGACUGACAAUUCUGAUUCCUCUCCAUCUAAGAGCAGCAACACUACUCCAGCUAGUAACAAUACUCCAGUGAAAGCAGAGGAGCCAAAACCAGAACAAAAACAGGAGGAAUCACAGCCAGAGGUGCAACAGACUACAGAAACAUCUCAGCCACAGAAAGAGCAAACUCAAGAGGAACAAGUUGAACCUCCUGUACAAAAACAAGAACUAGGGUCCUCAGAGGAGAGCACUCCCACAGCAAGUCCACGCCCCUCCAGUCCUGCUUUAGCAGUGCGCCCUGCUAGUCCUGCACUCGCUGCUGAUGGUGACAAGCCAAAAUUCAAAUCCCCACUUCUUCAAAAUCUACUGGGACGGGGAAAAAUUGGAAAUCGUGCUCAGUCUCCUUCAAAAGAGUUACUGGCUGAUAGAGAAGAGGCAAAGGAAGAGCAAAGGGGAGAAGCAAAAGAAAAAGUUUCUCAAGCAGAUGAAGAUAAGGAUGUAGACACUAAGGAAAGCACAGAACAUGAUCACAAAAAAGAUGACAUUGUUUCGAAACCCGAGCCUUCAACUGAGUUGGCAAGCUUGGGUGUCAUGACAUUAGACUUUUCGACACCUCUCAAUCCAAGUGAAGAAUCAACGGAGAGGGGAAUCUCUGAAUCUAGCCCUGAUAAGCAUACCCUCCAAGUUUCUUGUGAUACAAAGAAUGGACCUUUAAUAUCUGUGAAUGAUGAUGCACAGGAAAUAAUCAGUGUGAAUGAACAGGAGUCUGGCAGCUCAGAACAGACUGGUGAUGUUAAUGGGAUGAAUGAAUCCAAUCCUUUUGCUCAAGACUUGAGACAGAUUGUUGCAGAAAGCCUCCUAUCAUCUCAACAAGGGGCUUCUAUGAGUAAUGGUGGGGGAGAUGCAGAUCAUCACCAACCACCACCACAGCAGCAGUCCUCAGACUUUGAAGAACUAAUCGAUCUGUCAUCAAAAACGAACAAUAAUAUUCAGCAACAGAAUGGGUCUCAUCCUCAUGACCUGCCUAAGGGGCUAGGAGACCCUUUUAUAGCAUUUGAAGAACCCUCUCCCAAAACUCCCCCUAGUAAACAGGAGAAUAUAGCAGAUCUCCUGUCAUAACACUUUGAAUACAGAUGUAAAAACUGACUUUCUGCCGUGCUACAUUGAUGUUGUUGAUGGUUAUUCAAGUACAACCCCCUAUGUAAAUGUGCACCAGCAGAAUGGUGACUGUGAAGAAGCAAUGCAUGAGGAAACUAGAGAAGCUUGGACACUGGCUGAGACUGCCAUGCAGUCCUGUGAGGAGGGCGUGAUCCGAGAACUGAUGCAUCAUGGGAUAGGAGCAGGAGAUGAUGACAGUGAGAGUGAGGAGGGACAGAUAUGGAAAAUGGUCCAGGGCGAGAUACCAUAUACGCUAGAUAUGGUAUAAACCCCAGCCACCAUGAUAGAAGGAUUGAUGGAGGAGAAAAGCAGAUAUAAUCAAAUUGUGCUUUCUAAAGUAAAAAAAGAGUAGAGUUUUUGUCUGAACAGACCUAACCAAAAGCAGUAAAAAAUGAUGGAGAAUGUAUUUGGUGAUUGUUAUACUGAUUACACAUAUGAAGAUGUCAGACUUCACCAGUGACUGCUAAUUGUUCAAUUAUGCCUAGGUUACAUUUGACAUGCAAUGUGCAUAUGGAGCUUGUAUCAUGCCAGUAUAUUCCUUUCUCUGCAACCUCAGAAAGAAAGUUGUGCAUCUUUGAUUUUGCCAAGCCGCUGAAAAUUAUGACAAUUUUUAAAAUUGUAAAUAUGUUACCCAUAGCUGUGUCAAAGGUUGCAUUGCAAAAGCUCAUAUAGGACUAACACUGACUGUGAAGCAAUGCAAAAACAUGGAAGUGGCAAGAAUUGUUAAGGAGGUUGAAUACAAGGCUCAUCCUGCAAAUAGAUUUCUUUUGACCUAACCUCUAGGUCAUGUACAAGUUAAGGCACUAUGCUUGUAUAUAAUGUAAACAUGCUGUAGCCAGUAAGAUGCCAACAUAAUUGCAAGUAAAAUCAUAUACCAUUUUGUUGCAUGGCACACAAGGCAAAUGUAACCUAGGCCUUAAUCAAGAUUUUUUUGUUCUGUUAAUCUCGCCUUUUUAGGCUGUGAACCUAGUCAAGAUGUUUCAAAACGUGUGAGCUUUUGGUGUAGGUAAUGUGUGAUAUCACAAUCUUCUGUGCCUCAGCUUACGUACUGCAGUGUGUUGGUUGGAGUGGAGCAGUGUGAUAGGAUUCCAGAUGGAUUUGUGUGCCAGGGUUUUCAUCUAAUCAGUCCCAACUCAGAACUACAAAUAUAGAGAUGUCUUUAUAUAUCUGUUCAGAUACAGGUUUAAUAUAUUUUUAAGCUGUUGCAUAGAAAAAGUGGUAUAGUACAAUGAUGUACUGUAUAAAAUAGCCACUGGAUUGAGGUGUACUAAAGAUUAAUAAAUUAAAAUAAGCCACCCAAAGAUGGGAUUACAUUUAAUGAACCUGGCCCAAGCAUAUUUGGUUUCUUGUUUUGAGCUCAUAAUCCACGUGUUAAAAUGGGGAAAAUGAAACAUUCCCUUGUGAUGCUGAUACUAUCAUAGAAUAUCUUAUUAGAGAUGCUGGACUAUUGUUUUUUUUUAUAUACUACAACUAUAAUAGCUUGGAGAUUUACAGGAAUUAUUCUUGUUGCCUAAGAAGGGCAAAGUUUCUAUUCAGACAACCUGCCAAUAUCAUUAUCUGUACACUUCAACAAUACUGAAAUGUUCUUUGGAAAUUUAAAAAGGAAUUGCGAUACAAGU